UUUCUAGGCAACCAACGCCAACCGGAUAGAAUGGCACAAUUUGUGCUUGCGGGCAAAACAGACUGUCCCCAUUAUGCCAAAGCGGAACUAUUGGCAGACAGUCUACAACGAUCUCUGCCGAACUUCAGGAUCCACAAGAUCUCCAUCCUCCCAGAUGAAUGGACGGAAUGGCUGGAGGUCACCUGCAAUAGAAACGGGUGGAAACACGAGCAGUCCCCUUUGAUCUGGAGGGAACUGGUGGCCCAAGGGGGCAAAGGGAUGCUCAUAGGGGGCUUCAGUGACUUCCUAGAGCACUGUCAGGGUUACUACAGCAUCACAUCAGACAUGCCAACAGAUGUAAUGCUGAGCGUUGCAGCAGAGAAUCUGGAAACCAAGAUGAACCUUAUCGUGGAGGAGCAGCAUCGUGCGAGCCUUAUCAAACCCCUUCACAUAUGGAUCAGCGGUGCUCUCAGCCCCACCUGCCACUUCCUGAUCCCCAGCCUGCUCUCUGCCGAGGUGUUCCCCCACGUUUCUGCUAUCAACCUCCACCUACUGGACCUUGAUGGGAGCAAGGAGGGGUUGCAGCAGCUGAGGAUGGAGACAGAGGACCUGGCACUUCGUCUGCUCCAUCAAGUGACCAUCCACACAGAUCUGGGACAGGCCUUCCAGGGAGCGGAUGUCAUUCUACUGCUGGAUGAGUGCUGGUCUGAAGACAGCGACACAGAGAAUGAGGAUGAGGAGAAGAAGAUGAAGGUAAAGGGGAUCUCAGACAGGUACAGAGAGUACGGACAGCUGAUGGACUCGAGGGCCAACAAGGAGGUGAAGGUGAUCGUGUCCGGUGACUCCUGUGCCAACCUGAGAUGCUCGCUCCUUUUGGACAACGCACGCUCCAUCGACAGCCACCAGUUUGUCACCAUGGCAACGCAGCUGGAGAAUGAAGCCAGGGCCGUCAUUGCGAAGAAGCUGAAAGUGAAGACUUCAGAUAUCACAGACGUCAUCGUCUGGGGGAACAUCAGUGGUAGUUUCUACAUCGACCUGCAGAGGGCGAAGGUUUUCAACUAUGGUGGGGCAAUCAAAGGUCCGGCUUUCUUCUCCCAGCCGAUCCAAAAGAUCCUCCAUGACAGGAAAUGGUUGCAAACAGACUUUCAAGAGUUGGUAGGUUUUCAGCGUGCAGCUGUGGCUUCAAAGAGCGGCCGAGCAGCUGCAAUGUCGCUCGCCAAUGGGAUCCUUGCGGUCCUCAAGGCUUGGAAUGGCAUUUGUGGUCCAGAUGAGGUCUUCUCUGUGGGUGUACUUUGCUCAGGCUUCUACGGUCUCCCAGCUGGCAUCGUCCUCUCUGUUCCAGUCAACUUCACAGACGGCAAAUGGUCUGUGUUGUCUGACGUGACUGUCGGAGACGAGUUGAAGGAGAGACUUCAGCUCUCUGCAAGGGAACUCAAGGAGGAAAAAGAACUUGGAUCAGAAAAAUCGCACGAUUGUCCUGAAUGAAGAAGACGCUUGAUAUUAAAAACUUGCUUUGUUAAGAUUUUCCUGUAAACCUAGAAGAAAUGACUUGCGUAUCGACAACACAGACUGAAAAAAACACAGGUUAGAAGUCACGAUCAAAGGGAAAUAUUUGUUUCAGUUUGUUCUUUUAUUCUCUUACUUUCACAUGUGAAGUUGCAGUUUUAUUUUUUACCAGUUUAAUGACAAUAAAUCUUUUCCCGCCCUGUGAAACUCAUCCAUAGCCGUUACAUUUUUUUUUAGAUGUAAAAGAUCAAACUGAGUACUUUAUGGAAAAAGGAGAAAUUAGAAAAUAUAUUCCUUUUUUAAAAUUGUACAGUUCAGUAAGUGCCUUUUUUUAUAGUUCAAGAAGCAAUAUUUUAAGCGUAUAACACACUACUACCAUACACAAACUAGUCUGUUAAUAUCCUUCUCUAAAUCUGAUGUUAUUAUCACUUGCCACCCGUUUCCAUUUACAGUUGGGUAGUCUUUUAAAAAUGAGGACACAUCAAAACUUGUAUUCCUCCGGUUGGUAAUUAAAUAUUAAACAAACUGAAUUUAAUGGGCUCUUUUAACCUGAAACAUUCAAAUUGUUGUUUUUUUUCCCUCACAAAUUGUGCAGUACUUUGUCAGUUUGACAAGGAGAACUUUGAACAGUGCUGUUUUUACAUGCAGAAUAUACACGUUCUUUUUUUUUGUUUGUUUUAGCAUUUCUACACUAUACACAAGGAGGCGUUGAUUGAAAAGGAAAAAAAAAAAAAAGAAGGGAGAGGUUAGUACAAAUACGAUGCACUACGACAAGUCGGGGAAAUGGACACACAUUCUGCGAUGCUAUAUUCAAUUUGUACAACCCACCCCUGAGAUUUGGAUGCUGAGUGGUUUACAAAAGCAAAACCGGCCUCUUUAUACAGUCGAGUCAACAAUUGUCCACAAAUCUCCAAACAGCGACCAGGUACAUAAUGUGUAAUUCAUCUGUUAUCUGUUCUCCCUCCAAAAACAGAAAGAAAAUCCGCUCCAGUGGAAGUAACACAUUGACCUCAAAAUGUUAAUGAUGGUAAAUACAUGCGUGAUGCAUGGCAUGCACGGACUUGUCGUGGCACAAAGGAGGUUAUUUGGUAAAUAUACAUAUCUCAAUGAUGACUAUACAUGUACAAAUAGGUCGGGGCCUAUCUCCCAAAGAAGCCAAAGAUCAAGAGUAAAUUCCAUUACGUAUGGGUGCGUGAACUCAAAUUUCUAUUCACAAGUAUGAAUAAAAAUGAGGCAUCGAUGACAGAGAGGAAGUUCAGGAACGUUUUUUUUUUUUUUAUCUUGCUACA